GAUCUUCAAACAAACCAUUAAUACUUCCAUAUUCAUCAAUUCAUGUUCAUGGGUGUUUCCAGAUUCUUAAUCUUGUUGAUGUUAAUCUCCAUCUUCCUCCCACCAUCAUCACCAGAUCAGAAAGAUGAAUCUUGUUUAACCCAUCUAUUUCAAUCCUUUCAAGACCCCAUCGGAAACCUCCAUAACUGGACCAGACCCGCCUUUUCAAACCCAUGUUCUGAUUUCACAUCCAACCUCAUCGGAGCCACCUGCAACAAUGGCCGAAUCUACAAACUCUCCCUCCAAAACCUCUCCCUCCGUGGCUCCAUCUCACCUUACAUCUCCAACUGCACCAAUCUUCAAUCUCUAGACCUCUCGAACAACUCCCUCACCGGACCUAUCCCCGGCGAACUUCAGUCCCUCGUCAAUCUCGCCGUCCUCAACCUCUCCUCCAACCGCCUCUCCGGCGAAAUCCCGCCGUCUCUCCCUAUGUGCAUUUAUCUCAACGUCAUUGACCUGCAUAACAACCUUCUCUCCGGAACAAUCCCGCCGCAGCUCGGGUCUCUGGUUCGGUUAUCGGCUUUUGAUGUUUCUAAUAACAAAUUAUCCGGCCCGAUUCCGGCGAGUUUGGGAAACCGGAGUGGGAACUUAGCUCGGUUCAAUGUGAGCUCGUAUUCAGGUAAUAAAGAUCUUUACGGGUACCCUUUACCGCCGAUGAAGAGCAAAGGGUUAUCGGUGUUGUCGAUUGUGGGGAUCGGGUUGGGAAGUGGGUUGUUGAGCUUGGCUUUGAGUUUUACGGUGGUGUGCGUGUGGCUGAGAGCGACGGAGCAGAAGACGGCGGCGGAACAAGAAGUGAAGAUUAGUAGAUCAAUGCCUGAUUACUGAAUCAACAUAUUCAUUUUCCUUUUGCUGUUGUAAAAUUCGUAGGUUUUUGUUUGCUUUUUAAUCUUAAAUUUGAUGAUGUU